CGUCUAGACUUCUAUUUUGAACAUAAAUACGAGCAGCUUCCCAGUGUUUCUCAGAGACCAGGGGGGUUGUUACAGAGUUAGAGCUUUGUCCUACAGCUCUGUUGCACAGAUAAUAAUUAUGUGGCUCUAAACAUUUUCAUAAGACCGAAUGAACGUUUUCUCCACGAGGAGCCACCGAGUCAUUUACCACCGGUGUUUCGGAGACUUUGGAAAUGUGUACUUAAAUUGACGCUAGCUGGCUGGUUAGCUUCCGGGGAAGCGUGUAGGUUGAUGUGUUUUGGUAAUUGGCAUCUUCUGGCUAAAAGCUUAGACUAAAUUUACCGACAAACUGUCCAAGGAUUUAUCCGGGUUGCAUAGCAGGAAAGAUGGACCCCCGUUUCGGCAGUGAAAGUCCGCUUAGCGUCGAUUAUAGAAGCAGGCCCGAUGGGAUCCCCGGGCUUUCCUCGCUCACUCUGCCCAGGAAUCUGUUCUCCCCCGGACCAGAGACUGUACUGUCCCCGCUCACCAAUUUGGCUCUGGACAUGAAUAAUUUAGCCGGGCUUGGAAGCCAAUGUGAUACCCCGAAAAGGAGAAAGCAGCCCCCCCUGGAGAAGGUUCCUUCUUUUGCCUCAGACGUCUCAUCUGAUGCUGGCCUCGGGUUAGAUCUUCCUAGUCCAGUGGAUGGGGAAGUGGAAGACACAUUUGAAAAAGCCAUUCAGCAGUCACGGCGAGUUGUUAACGAGAAGAUGCCAAUUCGAAGAAUCAACUCAUUGCCACCCCAGCUCCAGGGUUUUAGUCCGGCCUUUAAAGGACAGGAGACGGAUUCCAACCGAUAUGGGAUAUUCGGCCAGCAACCUCCAUUAAUGAACCGCUCCAUCUCUCAACACCACAACAAGGAGAACCUUCCAGAGGACUUCUUUGAAUUCAAGAAACCAUCCAAGCCCGCGUCACGGUGUCGCGUGCACUCCUUCAACGGUGGACAUUCAAAGGACGCCUUCGCUGCCCGUCCCAGCUCAGCUCCAGCUCUCAUGCUCUCCUCACCUCCGGCCCAUAGGCUUCAAUAUGACUCGAGCCCUGUGUUUUUGAGGCGCUCCUCUCUCACCUCCUCUCUGAACGACGACGAAGACGAUGGCUUUUUGGAUGUACUUGAUGACAACAUGGAGGAUGACUCUGGUAUGCCAACAGGAAUGGCCAGCUUGCUCACUGCGCCACUUAUGGCUGACAAUACAGGAGAGGACUCUCCCAUUGUCCGGUGUCGGCCACGGAACCUGUUCCGCUCGCCUUCCAUGCCCAGUCCAGUGUCCCGUCCCUCUGCGAAGCGUCCCGACUGCCCUGCAGAUGAAAACACCCCUGUGAGGGUGAAGAGACGGCGGAGUGUUGCAGGAACACAGGUCAUCAACCAGGACCAAAAUCCAGAAUCUCCAAGAAUGAGUUAUUCACUGCUCCAGAGGUCCAAGUCCUUCUGUCACACAGAGAUUGAAAAGUUGCUGGACAAGGCGGAUGGCUCUAAUGAGCUGAUAGGAGACUUCACUAAGCCUUUCAUACUACCAACUGUGGAGGGAAAACAUCAAGACCUCAAGUACAUUACCUCAGAUAUGAUGGUAGCGGCUCUCUCUGGCCAGUUUGAACACCUGGUGGAUCAGAUCAUCAUCAUAGACUGUCGCUACCCCUACGAGUUUGAAGGCGGACACAUCAAAGGAGCUCGAAACCUGCACCAAGAAGACCAAGUGGAGGAUUUCCUCCUCAAUACCCCCAUCAUCCCGUCCUGCCCUGAGAAGCGAGUUGUCAUCAUCUUCCACUGCGAGUUCUCAUCGGAGCGUGGCCCUCGAAUGUGCCGCUUCGUCAGGGAGCGGGACCGCGCCAUGAACGAGUAUCCCAAACUCCACUACCCCGAACUUUACAUUCUCAAGGGAGGAUACAAAGACUUUUUCCCUUAUUUCCAGACCCAGUGUGAGCCUCAGUCCUACCGGCCAAUGCACCACGAAGACUUUAAGGAGGACCUGAGGAAAUUCCGCCUGAAAAGUCGCACCUGGGCCGGAGAGCGAAGCAAGCGAGACAUGUACAGCCGACUGAAGAAGCUGUGAACACGGCCUCGUCCUCCUAUCUUGCCUCCCUAUGAAUAUAUUUGGCAGGACCUCCUUUUGGACCCCAAGGCCCAGCAACCGGAAAUGACUUUUGGGAUUUCACCAGCAGAAAAGGGCUUUCUCUAAAUUGUGUUAGUGUAUUUAUGCAAAAAUUCCAGGUGAGGGAAGACUUGGUGAGAAAGAAUCCUCCUAAACAGAAUGCUGAGGUUCUGCAAAGUGAUUGUGUUUUAACAAAACCCCUUGGACCUAUUGCUCAUUUUUAUAAGUGUGUUUUUAAUUUUUUUCUGAUUGUUCUGGAAGCACAAAUCAGUAACAGAAUGCAAUAAUACAACUGAACCAAAAUGCAAAAUCAGAAGUUUUUUCUCAUUUUAAAUUUGAUUCAAGCACUUAAUUUUAACACAGUGAGGUGCUUUUUUAUACUGCUUUGGUCUAGUUUUUAUUUGACUGGUUUGGCCCUCAUUUAGACAUUAUCCUUGUAAUACUUUGUCCAGCAUUUCCAAAAAAUUCUAAUUGGAUAUUUUGAUGGCAUGUAAAUAGAUGAAGUCAGACAUUUUCUUUUCUCUCCUUCCUGAUCACUUGCAAUACUUGUUCAUUUUCUCAGUGAAAUACCAAAGCACACCAAGCUACUUGUUAACUUUGCAGUUCAGGUUUUAUUUUUCCAUAUGCUAUGCUGCAGGUCAGCAGGAGUGAAAAGAUUUUGGAUGUUGCAUCUUUUUCUUUGCCUUUAUUCCUUAAUUUUCAAAGUUAAAACAGCUUGGCCUGUUUCUGAGUUUAUCAGCAGCGUGGUUUCGGGAUUUUGGGACAGGGUUGUGGGGGAGCUGCUGAAAUAAAGAUCCAAAAGUACAUUCA